AUGGCUUCAAGACCCAUUGUUCCAAAACAAGCCAGAGAUAUUGCUAUGGUUGGCGGAGGAAAGCAACAGAAGAAGAACGAUGCAACAGAGGAAAGGAACCGCAAAGCACUUGGCGAUAUUGGAAAUUUAGUCACCUUAAGAGGAUUUGAGGACAAACCCAAUCGUCCCAUUACAAGGAGUUUCUGUGCCCAACUACUUGCUGAAAAUAACAAGGCAGCAUGUGGUCUAACUAAAAAACCGAAGGUUGAGAUUGUUGAUAUUGAUGCUGGUGAUGCUGGGAAUGAGCUUGCUGCUGUGGAAUAUGUUGAAGAUAUUUACAUGUUCUAUAAGGAAGUGGAGAACGAGAGCCUUACCCAGGACUACAUGAACACACAACACCAACCUGAGAUAAAUAAGAGAAUGAGAGAAAUACUGAUUGAUUGGUUGAUGGAUGUCCACUCAAAGUUUGAACUUUCACUUGAAACCCUUUAUCUUACCAUUAAUAUAAUUGAUCGGUUUCUAUCAAUUAAGACAGUGCCAAGAAGGGAACUGGAAUUGGUUGGUGUUGGUGCCAUGCUGAUGGCAUCCAAGUAUGAAGAAAUAUGGCCCCCUCAGGUUAAUGACUUUGUCUGCCUUUCAGACACAGCUUACACUCAUGAACAGAUUCUGGGGAUGGAGAAAAUCAUACUUGGCAAUCUGGAAUGGACUUUGACUGUGCCUACACCAUUUGUUUUCCUAGUUCGCUUUAUCAAGGCAUCAGUUCCUGAUCAGAUGUUGGAAAACAUGGCCCAUUUUCUUUGUGAGCUGGGAGUGAUGCAUUAUGCCACCUUAGUUAAGUAUUGCCCAUCAAUGGUUGCUGCCUCAGCAGUCUUUGCAGCUAGAUGCACUCUUGAUAAGAGCCCCGUUUGGAAUGAGACACUUAAGCUACACACGGGUUACUCAGAUGAACAACUAAUGGAAUGUGCUAGACUACUGGUCAACUUCCACUCCACGGUUGGAAAUGGAAAGCAUAUGACUGUGUACAGAAAGUACUCUCAUCCUCUGAGAGGGGCUGUUGCAGGGCUUCCAUCAGCUAAGAAUCUUCUAACCGAAGGUUCUACAUCAAUUUGCCCGGAACAUUCUUAG